AUGUUGAAAAUAAGAGUAAAUAACUUCAAAAUUUGUUUUAAAUCACAAAGGAAUGGGGAGAAAAGUCAGAUUUUGUCAUUAAAAGAGCAUACAGAAACUGCAGAUCAAACAACUCAUCUCCCUGGUGUGGCUGCUGAAAUGCUGUUGGAUGGAUAUCCUUUAGAACUCUUGGAUGGAGAUGUUUCCAACGUCCCAGAGAGAUGGGUGACAGAUGUGCUGAUGGAGCUUCACAGGAAGGUUGGGGAGCAGAGUAGAUUGUUGGUUCUGACUGUGUUGGGUGUUCAAAGUACCGGAAAGUCAACACUUCUCAACACCAUGUUUAGUGUGCAGUUUCCUGUCAGCAGCGGCAGAUGCACAAGAGGAGCUUAUAUGCUCUUCCUUAAAGUUGGAGAGGAUUUGAAAAGUGACUUAAACUGUGACUUUGUUGUCCUCAUUGACACAGAGGGUCUAAAGUCUCCUGAUCUUGCACAACUAGAGGACAGUUAUGAACAUGACAACCAGCUGGCAACUUUUGUCAUUGGCUUAAGUGAUGUCACCAUUAUUAACAUUGCAAUGGAAAACUUGACUGAAAUGAAAGAUGUCCUGCAAAUCACAGCUCACGCGUUCUUAAGAAUGAAGCAAAUUGGUAAAAAACCAGUUUGUCAUUUUGUUCACCAGAAUGUUGCUGGAGUUUCAGCUCAUGCAAAGACCAUGAUUGAAAGAAAACAUAUUUUGGACCAACUCAACGAAAUGAUUCAACUUGCAGCUGAAAUGGAAAGGCAGCCUUCUAUAAAAGCAUUCACAGAUGUGCUGGACUAUGACAUAGAAAGGAACAACUGGAACAUCCCAGGACUCUGGCAUGGAACCCCACCAAUGGCACCUGUGAGCAUUGGUUACAGUGAAGCUGUGGCAGAUUUCAAACAAAAUCUUUUGGAUACAGUGAAAAGUGACAGAACUAAUGAAGUCUCAAAGAUACCAGAGUUUCUAGAAUGGAUGAAAAGUCUCUGGAAAGCAGUCAAGUAUGAGAACUUCAUCUUUAGUUUCAGAAACACCCUUGUGGCUCAUGCCUAUGACAACUUGUGGAAAGAGUUCAGUCAGUGGGAAUGGGACUUUAGAAAAGAGAUUCUCUCCUGGCAGAAUAAAGCAAAGUUAGAAAUCUUAAAUGCUGACAAUGAAGCUGAGAUGGAGACUUGGAACAGAUUGGUUGCAUCAAAAAAAGGUGAGGUGUCAGACAAAAUAACAGACCAACAAACAAAAAUAAAGGAGAAACUCAGUGACUACUACAGAAAGAAAGACAGACAUGUAAAUCUGAUAGAGAAAUACAAAGCUGAUUUUAUCAACAAUAUAAACAGUCUGGCAAAUGAAAUUCAACAUUCUGUGAGUAAUAAACUGGAUUGUGUUCUUGAGCAAAAAAUAAGUUCAAAAAAGGUUCAGGACAUUCAGAGAGAAUACAGAGCUGUGAUUGAAAAGCGAGUCAUGAAGCUCCUGAGUGACUGCAAAGAGUCCACACUGACUGAUGAACAACUGACACAUCAGUUUGAAAAGAUGUGGAAUGGAGCUACUGUAAAUGUGUCUGGCCUGAAAGAGCGAGAUAUUGCAGCAUGUGUCUUGAAGCAGUUGAGAAAGAAUUUUUUAAACCGGAAUGUCAAUAAAGAACUGCAGAAAAUUAAAGACCUAUCGAAAAUUGGGAUGGAUCCAUUUAAAACCAGAAGAUACCAUGUAGACUCCUAUGUGGAGCAGUUUCAAAAUUGGUGGAAUGGAGAUUUGCAGAGCUUUGCAGACAGUGUGAUUGACACUUCCACAAAGUUUGUUCUUGAUAAAACAAAGGCAAAUGGAGAUUAUCAUGACUCCUUCACAAGGGAUCUUCUGAAAAAAAUAGAUGAAUCCCUUCAACAAAACUACAGGCAUUACAAAACAAAUUCACAGUUUGAGAUUGAGCUGAAACUUCACAUUUGUGGCAUUGCCUCAAGAGAGUUUCUCAAAAUGCACAAAAAAUUCUUGUCAGAGAAUGAUCCACAAACUCAGUUGGAAAAGUACAAGACUCAGUACUUGUCAGAUUUUCUUGACUUAUACAAACAAAAAGAUGAUUGCCAACGUAAAGCAACUGCUUUUGUCCAACUGUGUAUCAAACCUGCUGUAGAAGAGUACAUCAGUAGGUCUCUGGGAGUAGAUAUUGUGGAUGAAAUUUUGACAAGUUGCCAUUCAGCAGAGUACAGCUCACGUUCAUUUUUCCAGUACAACAUUCAGAAAGAGCUGCUGAAAAAGGAAGACUUUGAGAGUUUUGUCAAGUACAUUGGUAACUAUGAAAUAUAUGUGAAGGAUUGGAUAUUUCAGCACAUCCUGAAAAAAAUGGCAGAGGACAAAACAUUGUGCAAACUGAAGAACAAAAAUCUGCAGGUCAUAGUUAAAAAAAUAACAGAUGUAAUAGCACAGGCCUCAAAAGGAGAGGAUGGUGCUCUGCUGCCAGAUAACAAGGAAAGCAUCACAGAGCUCAUCAGCAACAUGCGCAAAUAUUUGAUUAAAGACAUCUCACUUUCAGUAGAGGAUGAAAAAACCACCUUGUUUCAAAUCCAAAGUACAUGCCAUCCAUUUAUCAAAAGCCUCAAGAUCUCGAUAGAGAACUUAAAAGAACAACUUCAGGAGGAAUUCACAAACUCUGAAGACAUCACUGAGACUCUGAACAAGCUUCCUGACAAACCACAGGAUGAGCUGUUCAAGCGAGUGAUUGGCUGUGGACAUCAGUGCCCAUUUUGUAAAGUUCCCUGUGAGGCUGGAGGCAAGGAACACAAACAGCAUCAUGCAACUAUUCAUCGACCACAAGGUCUUGGUAGGUAUAGGAACACAGCCACUAAGCAGCUAGUUGAAACACUGUGUACAACUGAUGUUCACAGUGAAAGAAAAUUUUUAAAUGCAGAAACUAAAGGGGAGUAUCAUCCCUACAAGGAGUACACAAAGUACUAUCCAGACUGGCUGAUUCCUCCAGACAAUACCAUAGAGGCAUCUGACUACUGGAAAUAUGUCCUAGUACAAUACAAUGACAGAUUUGCUCAAGAAUACAAAGCCAAGCCAGCUGAUGCUCCAGAGGCCUGGAGGAGAAUCACAAAGGAAGAAGCACUAAAAGGUUUGAAAGAUGCCUUCAACAUAAAGUGAACACACAAUCCUGACAAAUAUCUUUAAACGAAACAACAUUUAAACAUGCAAGAAUUUUUCAUGUAGAAAUGUAAACCUUGGGGAGAAUAAUACAGGGACUAAACAUGUCAGGACAUUCAGCAGAACAAUCAAUCAAAUUAAAGACAGAUCAAUGCAGUUUAAAUACUGACCAAUUUGGAUUAAAUUUUAGUCCUCACCCAGGGUAAGUCAGUGUAAUGACAGAUGAAAUAUGUGUAUGAAAUAAUUAAGUAUGACAGAACACAAUAUUUUUUCAUGUUAUUAUUAUUAUUAUUUUCUUAAAUAUUAUAUAUGCUUUGUUUUCUUUGUACAAUUUUCUGUAGGCCUUCUUUCAUAAUGACUGGUGUGCACAGUAUUAAUGUUGACAAUGACAAUGAUAAAGAAAAUGCUGUACUACAGAGAUCAUGUAAGAAAAGUCAGGGUUUUACAGUGAUUGUUUUUACUUUUUUUGGUAUUGGUAUAAGAUCAUGUUUGUAAUAUUUUGGUUAUAUUAUUUUGAUAAGUUCAACUUUUUGUUUUUAUUCUUCUUAUUGCUGUAUUAUUUGAUAUUUCUGUAUGUCUAUGUGCAUAAUGACCAUAAUGAUGAUGAUGAAGAUUUAUUACAGAGAACAUGUGGAAAAAAGAAAUGUUUUAUAUUGUAUAUGUCAGCAGGAUUUCAGCUUCACAGUUGACUUUCUAAUACUGACUUGUAAAAGAAUGUUUGAUACCAAUCAAUGAUUGACAAAUAUUGAUAGAAAUGACUCAGUGCUUACUUGCUUUGGUUUUUACACAGAUUAUAAUAAUGAGAUGAACAAACCACAAAGAAGCUGAAACCACAGUAACAGUCAGUCAAUUUUUUUCAUGUUCAUUUUAUUUCUAAGAUGUUUAUCAAACUAACAUAAUGAAUGGUAUGCACCAAAAUGAUGAUGAUUUUGUUCUAGGAAGUACAAAGAUCCCGUGAAGAGAUGUUUUUUAAUGUGUCAAUAUUUACAUUUUAAAAGCUGUAUUUAACUCUACCUGCAAAAUGUAAUCUUUUACAUUGUAAAAGUUAUUAAUGUGUGAUAGAGCAAAUAAUAAUAAUGUUAAUGCAAAUUACUUUUUACUUCAUGCACAGAUACUGUGGCAUUCUCUCAUGUGUUGUCAAUGAUUACCUUGUAACUUUUAUUCUUUUAGACAAAUGAUGAUGUUUUGAAUAACCAACAAGUAAAAAAGCUGAAAGUAGUUUUUUAAUCUGACUUGUUUUUUAUGGGGUUUUUUUUGAUAAAAAAAGGUUUUUCAUUCAUCUUGCUACACAGCUCUGUAUAUAAUGCAAGUAUUAAAGAUAGUGAUGCUGCUGCUGCUGCU